AUUUUAAUUUCUAUCAUAUUUUAGGGCAAGGUCGCAACCCUAUAUGGAAUGAAAAUUUUGAGUUUAGAGUUGAUUAUCCCAUGGCUGAUGAGCAGUAUAAACUCGUGCUUAAAAUCAUGGCUUACGACACAUUCACUGCAGAUGACUAUCUUGGCCAAGCAACGAUCUACGUGAAAGAACUUAUAGAAUUAGGACUCGAGAAAGGAAAGGCUGAGCUUCGUCCUCAAAAAUACAGAGUUGUCUUCACCGAUAAAACUUAUUGCGGAGAAAUUCAAGUUGGAGUUACUUUUACUGCAAAGGAAGAAACUGAUGAAGAAGAAGAAUAUGGUGCAUGGAAGGAAAGCAACUACUAGUUCAUCUACCAACUAAUUAGUAAAUUCAUUAAUUUAAUUUCAUUGAAAAACAAAA